GACACUACUUUUAUUGUACACCAUUCACAAAGUGCAAUCUUGGAAUCUCAGGAUUUGUGAAAAUGUAAAUUUUUUUUGUGUCAAAAGACUUAUUGACAUUCUUGUCACAAGGGUAUUAUAAAGAACAAAAUUUUAACAUGCUAUUUCAUAUAAUAGUUACAUAUUUCCAUGUGUAACUAUAUAUUGAUUAUUAAUAUUAUAUUUGGGUUGGUUUAAUGUCUUUGUUUAUGUAUUAUUGGUUGUCAUCAGGCCCUGAAGUUAGGAGUGGGGACCUGCCCCAACCAAUCAUGUUGACAAGUGGGCAAGAAUUCACUUUUACGAUUAGGAGAGGGGGUGGCUCAGCGGAUUGUGUCAGCGUGAACUAUGAUGAUUUUGUUAACGAUGUAGAAGAGAAUGACAUGCUUCUUGUUGAUGGUGGUAUGAUGUCGUUGAUGGUGAAAUCCAAGACAGAAGAUUCAGUGAAAUGUGUAGUCGUUGAUGGAGGAGAGCUCAAGUCUAGGCAUCACUUAAAUGUUCGAGGAAAGAGUGCAACACUACCUUCCAUCAUUGUGAAGGAUUGGGAUGAUAUCAGAUUCGGAGAGGACAACAAAGUUGAUUUUUAUGCCGUCUCCUUUGUUAAAGAUGCACAAGUAGUUCAUGAAUUGAAGAAUUAUCUGCAAAGCUGUGGUGCAGAUAUACAUGUCAUUGUCAAAAUUGGAAGUGCAGACUCUAUCCCAAAUUUGCAUUCCAUUAUCACAGCAUCUGAUGGGGCAAUGGUUGCAAGAGAAGACCUUGGUGCAGAGCUCCCUAUUGAGGAGGUUCCACUUCUGCAGGAAGAGAUAAUCAAGAUCUGCCGUAGCAUGGGGAAGGCUGUUAUUGUGGCAACAAAUAUGCUGGAAAGCAUGAUUGUACACCCAACAACAACCAGAGCGGAGGUAUCAGACAUUGCCAUUGUUGUCCGAGAGGGUGCUGAUGCAGUAAUGCUUCCUGGUGAAACUGCUCAUGGAAAGUUCCCUUUGAAAGCUGUGAAAGUCAUGCACACAGUUGCAUUACGGACUGAGGCUACAAUAUCAGGCGGUGAAAUGCCAGCUAAUCUUGGUCAAGCUUUCAAGAAUCAUAUGAGCGAAAUGUUUUCUUACCAUGCAACCAUGAUGUCUAACACUCUUGGAACCUCAAUUGUUGUCUUCACCAGAACUGGUUUCAGGGCUACUCUACUGAGCCACUAUCGGCCUUCUGGCACUAUUUUUGCUUUUACAAAUGAGAAGACUAUUCAACAGAGGUUGGCAGUGUAUCAAGGAGUCUGUCCUAUCUAGCAAUUCUCGGAAGAUGCUGAAGAGACAUUUUCAAAUGCCUUAGCUUUAUUACGGAAGCAAGGGAUGGUGAAGGAAGGAGAAGAGGUAGCACUUCUCCAGAGUGGAAGACAACCCAUCUGGCGGUUCCAAUCUACCCACAAUAUCCAGGUUCGGAAAGCGUAGAUGCCUGUGAUUAUUUUGAACUGUUAGGGCACUCGAAUCUGUUCUGGGGUUUCCCUCUGAUGGAUAGACGUGAAUUUUGCUUGCAUUAUUAUUUAUGUGUAUUUCAUGGUUCCACUUGCUUCUCUUUGGUGCUUUGUUCUGUUUUGUUUUUGGUAGAAUACUGCUUUUUAAAUUUCCUGAUAUAUGUUCAGAAAUC